AUGCCUGAACAAACUCAAAUUCCAAGCGUUCGCUGGGCUCAACAACGUGAACAUGUUCUCUUAACUGUCACUGUUCCUGACCUUGAGAAAGUUGACGUUAAAUUUGAAGAAGAUUCCGUCUCCUUUCAAGGUCAAUCAGGAUCGAAAAAUAGCAAAGAGAAAACUAAUUAUGCCGUGAAAAUUGACUUAUACGAAAAAAUCGAUCCAGAAACAAGUAAAUUCGAAAAUGUUGGUCAAAAAUUCUGGCGUCUGUUGUUGAAGAAGAAGGAUGCCAAAGCUAGCUUUUGGCCACGUUUAACCAAGGAGAAAGCACGUUUACAUUGGUUACAAACGGACUUCGAUCACUGGAAAGAUGAAGACGAAAGUGACGAUGAAAAACCAGGCUUCGGUGGUAAUUUUCAAGAUAUGUUUUCAGGAGGCAUGGGUGGCAUGGGUGGCAUGGGCGGCAUGGGCGGUAUGCCAGGCAUGGGUGGUAUGCCGGGCAUGGAUAUGGGUGAUGGUUCCGAUGAUGAAGCCGAUUCGGAUGACGAAGAUGAAGCAACAGCUGAAUCCGGUGAUAGUGCUUCAAAUAAACAAGAAUCAAACAAAUCAAAUGCUGACCCGGUUUCGUCAACAUCAAAUGCUGAACAAGUAUCAGCUGCCAAAGAACAAUAA